UUUCCAACUUCCAUAACCAUAACACCUCCUUUCUCUCUCUCUACCUAUACAUACAACAAUUCUGUAUCUAUAGUUCUAUACAUUCAUUCGAUUCGCUGUAUUUUUUAAAGAUUCAAUGGAGCUUCAAAAGAUCAGCUCAAAGGGUGUCCAGAACACUGAAGAAAAUCAAGAAACCGUAAACCGGCGAAUCCAACGGUUGACUUUACAUCUGAACCCGGUUCAGGACAUCACCCCGGUCCACUUAGAGCUGCUAACGUGCGCGUCGGGGAAGGCGAAGACGAUUAACGUGAGCACUGUAACACUGUCGGAAUACAUGAGAGGGAAGCAUAGGGAUAUACAAGAACAAGUUUAUGCUUACUUCAAUUCAAGACCUGAACUUCAGACGCCAAUUGAGAUAUCAAAAGAUGAACACAGAGAAUUGUGCAUGAAACAACUUGUGGGGUUGGUAAGAGAAGGUGGGAUAAGGCCGUUUAGGUAUGUGGCUGAAGAUCCGGCUAAGUAUUUUGCUAUUGCUGAAGCUGUUGGAAGUGUUGACAUGUCACUUGGCAUCAAAAUGGGUGUUCAGUACAGUCUUUGGGGAGGUUCUGUUAUCAACUUGGGAACUAAAAAGCACAGAGACAAAUAUUUUAAUGGUAUAGACAAUGUGGACUACCCUGGCUGCUUUGCAAUGACAGAACUUCAUCAUGGUUCAAAUGUUCAAGGUCUUCAGACAAUUGCCACCUUUGAUCCUCUCACAGAUGAAUUCAUAAUUGACACGCCAAAUGAUGGGGCCUUAAAGUGGUGGAUUGGUAAUGCUGCUGUUCAUGGAAAAUUUGCAACAGUUUUUGCAAAACUGAUGUUACCAACUCAUGAUACAAAAGGUGUUACCGACAUGGGCGUUCAUGCAUUUAUUGUUCCGAUAAGGGAUAUGAAGAUCCACAAGACAUUACCAGGGGUUGAAAUACAUGAUUGUGGCCAUAAAGUUGGCUUGAAUGGAGUAGAUAAUGGUGCAUUGAGAUUUCGCUCAGUAAGAAUUCCACGAGAUAACCUUCUUAAUCGAUUUGGAGACGUCUCACGGGAUGGGAAAUACACUAGCAGCCUGCCUUCAAUCAGCAAAAGAUUUGCUGCCACACUUGGAGAACUUGUUGGUGGUAGAGUUGGCCUUGCAUAUUCUUCUGUGGGUGUCCUCAAGAUUGCUGUUGUUAUUGCAACAAGAUAUUCUCUGCUACGCCAGCAAUUUGGUCCUCCCAAACAACCUGAAGUUAGUAUACUUGACUACCAAUCUCAGCAGCACAAGCUUAUGCCAAUGUUGGCUUCAACUUACGCAUUCCAUUUUGCCACACUGCAUCUGGUGGAGAAAUAUUCUGAAAUGAAGAAGUCUCGUGAUGAAGAACUGAUAGGGGAUGUACAUGCACUUUCGGCAGGGCUUAAGGCCUAUAUCACUUCUUACACAGCAAAGUCAUUGAGCACAUGUAGAGAAGCUUGUGGCGGCCAUGGUUAUGCUGCUGUCAAUAGGUUUGGAAGUUUGAGGAAUGAUCAUGACAUAUUUCAGACAUUUGAGGGUGACAACACUGUUCUUCUGCAGCAGGUAGCCGGUCUUCUAUUGAAACAGUAUGGGGAGAAAUUCCGAGGUGGGCAGCUCACUGUUACAUGGAACUACCUAAGACAAUCCAUGAAUUCUUACCUCGCUCAGCCUAACCCAGUAACUGCUAGAUGGGAAGGUGAAGCUCACCUACGAGAUCCUAACUUCCAAUUGGAUGCUUUUAGGUAUCGUACGUCAAGAUUGCUUCAAAGUGUAGCUAUCCGGCUUCAGAAGCACUCCAAGACUCUUGGAGGAUUUGGUGCUUGGAAUAGAUGCUUAAAUCACCUCUUGACGCUUGCAGAGUCUCAUAUUGAAUCCUUCAUCCUUGAAAAAUUCAUUGAAGCUGUCAAGAAUUGCCUUGAUGAAAGCUCUCGUGCUGCCCUAAAACUCGUGUGUGAUCUUUAUGCCUUGGAUAGAAUCUGGAAUGACAUAGGAACUUACCGCAAUGUGGACUACGUGGCUCCCAACAAAGCUAAGGCAAUUCACAAGUUAACAGAAUAUCUAUGCUUCCAAGUUAAGAAUGUCGCAAGGGAACUUGUUGACGCCUUUGAUCUUCCAGAUUAUGUUACUCGUGCUCCAAUCGGUGUGCAGGCUGCAUCAGAAGCUUAUUCACAGUAUACUCAGAUUGUUGGUUUUUAGUUUUUAACAAAAAGCGGGCGGUUAUCUUUUCCUGUUUUUGUUCUUCAUCGUCGUUUUCACUGUUCAAAAGGUUCCCCCUUGUCGGUGAAUAGUGGGUAGGAGGGAAGAAGAAUACAGAAGGGUGGUUAAGAGGUUCCUUAUAGAUAUACUAAAAUAUGUAUCCCCAUUGGUGUCAAGCUUCCUGUAUCACUUUUAUCUUGGUAAGAAAGCUUGAUGAACACUUGUUGCAUGAACUAUUGUCAACAAGUUGUUAAAAGGCAAAAUUGAUGGACUUGUCUUACAUUAAAUAAACAUGGAAUAAGUGAUCUGAA